UAAUAGAAGUAAAUUGGAAAGUUGUUUAAAAAUGUCUGUUCUAUCUGAAUCAUAAAAGAAAAUGUUUUGGUUAACUAUCCCUUUAAAUUCUGAUGAUCAGCAUCCUGUAUUACACCCUUAUAGUGUUGUAUGCAAUCCCUAAAUCCCCUAUUCACAUAAAAGGAAAUAUGACUAAUAGUUUUCACACAGUGUAACGAGGAAGUUGCAGAAAAAAAAACAAAAAAAAAACGUCUUUGGAUUUCUCUCUGCACUUUGUUUUCUUUUUUUGCUCCAGUACCGUCACAGUCUCUAGUGGAUUGAAAUUCUGUCCUAUGAAAAUCACUAAAACGAAAAAUGACUGAACACAGCAGCAUCAGGAACAUGAAUUCUACAAAUUAUGGAGCAGUUGGUCAAUCAGUUCCGCCACCAAUGAAUUACGCAGCUGCAAUGAAUCCUGCAAUGAAUCAAGCUCUAUAUCCACCAACCGGUACAGAAGGUCUGUCAACUCCUCUCUUUUAUCCGUCUGCGCACAGUGAUGGAGGGAUGGGUGUAGUGUCUGGGUACGAAGGGAUGGUCGAUGGAAGUGGUCAGAUAUUACCUCCUCCCCCAGAUAUGUUUCCUGGACCUGUUGCUCCAGCUUCUGUAACUCCAGACUGGAGAAUCCCAUUUAUUAGCGAAAUCACUGCAAAAGAAGCAUUCAUAGAAUAUGUGAAUAGUCACUGUUGUUAUGGGACUGGUCCGGCUACAGAUAUGGUAUUACAGGAUAUGCAACCAUUUAAUACUUAUAGGUAUCGCUUGGAAACCUUCACAGAGUCACGUGCCUGUAAAUGGGUGACUGUUCCUUACAAAGGUCAGACAGUGGACUCCCUGGCAUACGGACAAGCCCCUCUCCCUUGGGAGAUUAAUGUACCUGUUCCUACUUUCUUUAAGGAUGAAAAACACAAAGCACCAGUUCCUCACACAUCUUCCUUAAAGCCCUGCCCACAGUGCUUGGGGAUAGGCAAAACUGUGUGCACAAAAUGCCAUGGUGUUGGCCGGAUGCAGUGUCAAAGAUGUAACGGAACGGGGAUUUGGUUCAAAGAGAGCUGUCGUGACUGCAUUGGAAAUGGGACACAUAGUUGCAGGAAUUGCUCUGGUAGCUGUCGUGUAAUCUGCACCGGCUGCACUGGCAAAGGAAAGAUUCUGAACUACAUCCAGUUGGAUGUGACAUGGACAAAUAAUAUUUUUGAAUUUAUUGCCGAUCACAAGUCUGAAUUUCCUACUGAUCACUUCAAGGAAGUAAAUGGAGAGAAAAUAUUCACUGAUGAGCAGUUCAUGGUGCCUCCUAUAAUAAAUUUCCCUGAUCGUGCCAUCAACCAGGCAUCCCAGAAUGCUUUGCAGCAACACCAUUCUCGAUUUGCCUCCACAAGUCGCAUACUCAGACAGAGACAAACAAUUGAAUGGCUGCCCCUUACUUUUGUGGAAUAUAACUGGAAAGGAGAAAAAUACAAUUACUUUGUGUAUGGGAAAGAGAACAAAGUCUUUACCAGCAAUUACCCUGCAAAAUGCUGCUGCUGCGUAAUCCUGUGAUCUGCUCUACAAAAUAAUUAAAAUAAAUUGCCAUUAGCUGUAUCAGUUAAAGUGAUGGUAAACCUUAACAAAUCAAAUGCCAUAAAUGUAAUAUUUGCCAUUAAAAAGGUAUAUAUAUGUGUA